AUGUACCGAGAAGGCCGAGAUCGCAGGUACACAGUUCCCAACACAGUUAGCACCCGGUAUAAUACACGGAACUGCCCGGCAUCCGAGCCAAUCAUCCACCCCUGCAGUUACCAUACAAGACCAGCUGUACCAGCACAAAUGGAGACCCCAUCGGCCCCACUUCCUUCCCCGGACUCGACUCCGAUCGUCUCACCGUGCAUGGCGCUAGGCCUCGUUCAGCCCUAG